AGCAUUAAUACUACCUAAAAAUGUGGGCUAUAGAAUACUAUACCAAUAGUUUAUUAUCAUAAUAUUUUAUUUUCAUAAAGGCAAAUAUUGCUUCACGGUACAAUGGGUUGUAAAGACAAUAACAUAUGCAAGCAGAGAGAAGUGGAACAUCUGGGUUGUCAAUUCUAAUGGUUUGCUGUCAUGGAAAGUUCCCUUAACUUUUUUUUGGAAGAAUCUGGGAUUCAAAAACUGCACUUUUUACUUUCAUGGGGUAGAUGUUUUUUUUGUCCCAUGGAUCAUGUGGCGUAAUACCAGCCUGAAAUGGAUCUAUUACACCGAGAAAUAUAAUAGAGGAUGUAAUGAAGAAAGGUGUUUAUGUGAGACAAUUGUCGAAAAACAAAAGCAAAAUUGCUGUCUACAGAAAUCAUAGCCAUAUAGUCAAUGAAAGAAGAAAUGAGCUAAUUAAUCUAUAGUUUAGCAGUAAACGAUUACACUGACAAGCAGGCAGUGAAGGACAGUCAGUCAAUAGUAGGCAGUUAAUUGACAUGGACACACUCAGGGCAAGUUAAGUAGGUAAAAGUUCAAAAAAAAAAUAGUGUAAUAUAAUAGAAAAAAAGAAGGAAUAUUAUAUUGUAUAGAGCAAAUAUUGCCUACUGGACACAACAGGAGACUUUGGAAAAAAGUACAAUAAAGACCACAGCUUUGAAACAUCAUCAAUGAGUCCCUUCUCAUGAGAUGCAGUCCGAUGAUCUCUUUGUGCGUAAAUUGCACCACCCUCCUACCCGAUCCUCUAACAAAAAUCCAAAUGACUCCAAAUUCUUAAUAGGCAAAGGGAGCAGCAGACAAAACGGAGGGACGCGCUCUCUUUCGGAAUCAGAUCCAGAUCCCAGGGAAAAGGGGACCAGCAGCCCAUCUGCGCCACGCUUUAAGGAUCCAUUCCUACUGUUGGGGCUGGCUGGUGUGAGCCAGGGGCCACCGGCCCAGGAGGCCAAGGAAAAGCCCCUAGAUAUAGGCCCAGUAGCACCUCGGCCAAAGAGUUUUGCUCACUAUGAUGUCCAAAGUAUACUGUUUGAUCCUUUCCGGAAAGGAGACUCAGAAAACCGAAGGAAUAUUAGGAGUGGGGCAUCUGCAGCCUCUCAGAUCAGAGCAUGUACUUCAUCACCGAGAAGAUCACUGUCUUCACCAGAGGAACCAUCAGACCCCGGAGAUGGGAAGGAUAAUGAGCUUCUCCUCAGUUGUCCCUAUUUUCGGAAUGAGGUUGGGGGAGAGAAUACUGACAGCUUGAAAGACCCAGGCUGGGACUUCUGUGUUACUUUGCCUCUUCACAGCUCACAUAACAGUCCUGUGAGGGGACCCAAUGCAGCAGUAUCUGUAUUGGAAGAAGCGAGGGAGAGAAUGAGGGAUAGCAGCUACUUUGUGGAGUAUCAGGAUCUUGGAGCAUUGUAUUAUCGGAAAUAUUUUUAUGGCAAAGAACAUCAGAACUUUUUUGGGGUUGAUGAACGAUUGGGACCCAUAGCUAUAAGCUUACGCAGAGAUGACAGAGAGGGGGCUCAAAAUAUCCAUUACAACUACAGAAUUAUUUUUCGUACUACUGAGCUGAAAACCCUUCGUGGAUCUAUCCUAGAAGAAGCAUUCCCGUCAUCCAUCCGUACAAAUUCCUCUCGAGCCAUAUCACCCAAAAAGCUCCUGGAACAUGUUGUUCCAGAGGUUAACCUUCAAUGUCUGCGUUUGGCAUCCAACUCUCCCAAAGUGCCAGACACUUUGCUUAAAUUGGAUGAACAGGGGCUCAAUUUCCAGAGAAAGAUUGGCAUCCUGUAUUGCCGAGCUGGACAGGGCUCAGAAGAAGAAAUGUAUAACAACGAGACAGCUGGACCAGCUUUCCAGGAGUUCUUAAGUCUGCUUGGGGAUGAAGUCCAACUCAAAGGAUUUGACAAAUAUCGAGCUCAGUUGGACAACAAGACGGACAGUACAGGCACACACUCCCUCUACACUCGUUACCAAGAUUAUGAGAUUAUGUUCCAUGUUUCCACAAUGCUUCCGUAUACAGCCAGCAACAGCCAGCAGCUUCUCCGAAAAAGGCACAUUGGAAAUGACAUUGUUACUAUUGUUUUCCAAGAACCUGGGGCCCUUCCUUUUACACCACGGACCAUUCGCUCUCACUUUCAACAUGUCUUCUUGGUUGUGCAGGUCUACAAUCCAUGCACUCUUUAUACCUCAUACAGUGUAGCUGUUAGCCGUACAGCUGAUACCCCACCUUUUGGCCCUCCUCUGCCUCCCAGCCAAUUUCGUCGUUCCCCAGAGCUAAGAGACUUCUUGCUCUCUAAAGCUAUCAAUGGUGAGAAUGCAGCUGAACGUGGUGGCAAGUUUCUAGCUAUGGCAACACGGACCAGAGAAGAAUAUCUGAAGGAUCUAGCUCGUGAUCAUGUUACGACAGCUACGUUGGACUCUUGCUCCUCAAAGCUGGCCCUUUUAAGCCUUUCUAAGAAAUGGGAUCGUGUCGGCAGUACUGGCCCUGGGGAAAAGGGGGGAAAAGGCCCUCGGUGGGCAUACACCAUACCUCCAGAAUUCCACAGCCCUGGUGCCCUUGUGUGGACUGUGAGAGCCCUGAGCUCUUUCAUUCCUGAUGGCCUCUAUUUGCUUGGAGUAUCAUCUGAAAUGCUGGUGUUGGUAGAUAGAAGAAAAGAGCAGGAGGGAGCAGUGUGCUUCCAUUGUUCGUGUCGUGAUGUAUUGGGGUGGACAUACUCCUCUGGAGGGGGUCUGGACUUGUACUAUGGACGGGCAGGGAGAUUGGAGCUUCGUCCAAUUGCAGGCAGUGAUGCAGAAGUGGAAGAAGAGGUGAAUCACAUUGUCAAAAGGUUGCAGGUCGUAUCAGGUGGCUGUGAAACGAGGGAGAUACCAUUACUAAGGAAUGGACUUGGACAGCUUGGUUUCAGUGCGGACUCAGGGGGCUUUGUGACCGAAGUCGAAAGAUUCAGUAUGGCAGAGACCGUGGGCCUUUGUCCCGGAGCCAGGCUGGUAGCAAUUUGCGGCCAACCUUUCUGCUCCCUUACCCCUGACAAUGUCCGUUCACUCUUUCUGCGUGCCAAAAAAGUGACAGUGACCACCCUGCCUCCAGACGAAUCUGGAAAGCCCCGCAGGAGCUAUUCUGAGUUGUAUGUGAGGUCACUGCAGGAGAAGAGAAUUGUGACAGCUUCAGGAGGAGAGGAAGAAGAUAAAGAGGAGAGAAUAACGAGGAAAGCUGAAGCUCCAUCUCAAGCUCAAACCCUUCUGCGCACUUUGUCUGUGCAGGAAGAGAGAACAGAGUUCAGGUAUAAUAAUAAUGCUGAUUUGGCACCCCCUGAUAUCAUUCCUCAGCCAGACCCUGCAUGGGAUGAACUGAUUGUAGACGGCCCUGUUUGCCAGCCUCAGGGAAACGUGUUUGAAACAGCUGACCUCAAUCAGGAGGAAACUCCUUCACCUAUGGCCUCUUCUCAGGAAUCCACUAAGAGCAUUGCAAAUACAAUGCUGACACAGACAUCUAUUGAAGAUGAAUGGCAGAGUAUUUCGGACCUCACUCUAGCAUGUAACAGCAUACUGGAAGCCAUGUCUAAAGAAGGUCAAGUGUCAGAGGUGAGAACUGAUUUAGGGGGUAACAGUUCCCUCCCAACACAAUCAGGAAACCUUACGGACAAAGUCACAGAGCUUGAGUUGAAGCUAAAAAAACUUCAAGAGGAUUUGAAGAAGGAGCAGGAAGGCAGGGCACAACUUCAAGCAGAGGUGCUGAGCUUGAAGAGGACCCAAGAAGAGGCAUUCACGGGAUCAAUGCCCCGUGGUAGUGGGGCUGGAGCCAAGAUACUUAAAGCUGGAGACAACAGCUGUGGUGGAUUAGCCAGUGACGGCAAAGAAGGAAUCAAAGAUUGAAGGGGAAAAGUAAUAAGGGUGGAAUAUAAUCAUUAAGGAAAACAAUCACUCAUCUCAAAAACCAAUGAAAGUAGACAGGUCUACUAUAAGUAUUAAAAGUAUAGAGAUAGCUACCUGGGCAAAAUGAGAUGGUAAACUCAAAUAGGAGGGGACAAGAUUUUAUUAAAACUGGAUUAAUAAAUGUAAGAAUACUCUGUGAUGAGAAACCAUACUUAUCUAGGAUAACCUGAGGAAUGGAUAAGGGUUAGAAAGCUGAAAUAACAUGUGCAUGAAGCAAGGAAAGGAUCAAGUAUGUUUGUGGUGGAAAUGCCAAAGUUAAGCUAGAAUAAGGAUUGUCGUUAAGCACUGAGAGUGAGUAGUCCAUGAUGAUGACAAGAGAUGCACUUGAUUCAAACAGUAUUCAAAGACAAAACAAUUAGUGUUUGAAUGGAGACAGCAAUCCAGUGCCCAUAAAUAAGUUAAGGAGAGGUUAAAAUAAAAACUGUGAAAGGGGUGACACUGUGUAAUUAAGUAAUUUUGCACUGCAAGGGAUAGAUUAAUGGGGUAUUGCUCUGUGGGGGGUUGUUUAAAGAAACUAUGCCAAGGGGUGAAACUGUAUGUACAUAUGAAUGUCUUCCGGUGAUCAUUUUAAAAUGUCUGCCAUUGUGAAUGUAUACUUGGGGUAGUAAAGGGGUAUAUUUGGGGUAGUAAAGGGGUAUCUACCAUUUUUAUAUUUGUGGAAGUGCAAAUAAAAAAAUCUUCAUUUAACACAAAA